AUGGCCUCUCUACCAAAAACCUACAAAGCCGUGGUAACAAAGUCGGCCAACGAUACCUGGGAACUAUCAGAUGUCCCCCUUCAACACCCCAAGGCUAACCAGGUCCUCGUCAAGGUCUUGGCUUGUGGUGUUUGCUUCAGCGAUGUGAUGAUAGGGGCAGGCGAAAUGGGCGACGUUUUCCCUCGUGUACUCGGUCACGAAUUGGUCGGGGACAUUGUAGAGGUUGGCCCAGGCGUUACCCAAUUUCAACAAGGCCAGCGCGUUGGCGGUGCCUGGCACGGUGGCCAUGAUGGCAUCUGUCGGCAAUGCCAGCGGAGCAUCUUCCAGCUGUGCGAUAACGCUGUGAUCAACGGCGUGACGCAGGACGGUGGCUUUGCCGAAUACGUGCUCCUACGGACAGAGGCAGUUGUUCGUAUCCCCAAGGAACUUGAUCCAGCCAAGACUGCUCCCCUCUUAUGCGCCGGCGUUACAGUGUUCAAUGGUAUUCGAAAGCUGCAUGUCGAGCAAGGCGCUGUUGUUGCUGUUCAAGGCCUGGGUGGACUUGGCCACUUGGCUGUCCAAUACGCGAAUAAGAUGGGCUACGAGGUCGUGGCUAUAUCAACAGGCAGCGAUAAGGCUGCCUUUGCCAAGCAACUUGGUGCUCAUCACUACAUAAAUUUCCAGGAAUCCGACGUUUCAAAAGAGCUCAUGAAGCUCGGUGGUGCCGCCAUUGUCGUACAGACGGCGCCUGACCCUGCCGUCUACAAGGCUCUGAUGAGAGGCCUAGCCGUAGAGGGCAAGCUGCUCAACUUGGCUGUCGGGGCCCCCUUUGAGGUUGAACCGUCGGUGAUUAAUAUGAGAGCGGCUUGUGUCCAGGGAUGGCCGUGCGGGCAUGCCUUGGAUAGCGAAGAAGCGAUUCGCUUUGCAAUGUUGCACGGAGUUGAGUGUAUGGUGGAGACUUAUUCGCUGGCUGACGUACAGAAGGCGAUUCAGAGUCUAGCUUCUGGGAAGCCAAGAUUUAGAAAUGUGUUGUUAAUGCAGUGA